ACUUAAUAUUUAUAUCAAAUUGUGUUUGUUGGCAUUAACAAAAAACCAUAUGCCUCUCUCUCUCUCUCUCUCUCUCCCCCUCAAGAAAAUAAUAAACCGAAAGGGUAUUCUCUCUAUCAUCUCCUUUAUCUCUCCCUCCACCUUUCUUGUAUGACCCUCUUUCCUUUUCAUUCCACUCCCUUCUCUCUUCUCCUCCUCCUCUCUAACUAGAGAGAGAAAGAAAGAGAAAAGGAGGGAAAGUAGUGGCGGCUUAGCCAAAUGAAGAACACCAUAAGGUGCUGCAUCUCGUGCAUUCUCCCGUGCGGAGUCCUCGACGUGAUCCGGAUCGUCCACUCGAAUGGUCGCGUCGAGGAGAUCAGCGGGACCGUCAAGGCCGCGGAAAUCCUCAAGGCCUACCCCAAGCACGUCCUGAAGAAGCCCUCCACUUCCUCCGGCGAGGGCUGCUGCCCGAAGAUCGUGAUCGUCCCGCCCGACGCCGACCUCCAGCGCGGCAAGAUAUACUUCCUCAUGCCCGUCCCUUCCGCCCCCGAGAAGUCCCGGUCGAGGCGGAAGAAGAGAGCGGACACACAAAGUGGUGGCGGCAACGGCACCAACAGCAGAAACAACGGCAGCAGCAACAACAAAAACAAUAGUACCACCGCUGUUUCUGCGACGGAUUUUUUGAUUUCGGAUCGGUACUUGACCGAGAUCCUAUCGGAGAAGGUGUCGACGCAGAAGGAUAGGAGGCGAGGGCGCGCCGGAGUGUGGAGGCCUCAUCUGGAGAGCAUAUGUGAGACGACGAGCGAAGUUUAAAUAUAUUUUUUUUUGGAGGGUUGAAGUUAAAUUAUGUUGUGAUUAUUUUUGUCUAUGAUUUUUUUUUUCUUCUUUCAGCGAUCGUCCAUUUGGGGUGGUUCUAAAUAACAGUAUCAGGAUACGUAUUGGUGUCAUCGGAUUAUGAGUCUGCCGAUAUCUUAGGAUAUCGAAAUCUGAUAUUUUGUUACGUAUCUGCUGAUAUUUAGAGCUUAGUUCAAAGAUGUUGCCCAUAUGAACUUUUUUGGUUUUUUUUCUCUUUUUUUUUUUUAAUUUAAAUUUUAUGUAUAUAGCAUUGAGAUAAGAGAAGAAAAAUAACCAUGUCAAAA